GAAGCGGGGGUCUCAUAGUUAACUACAAUUUUGAUUGUGUGUCUCUCUAUUGUUUACUAUUUCUACGCCUUUGCUGCAUUUUCGUUAUUGCUUGCUUUUCUGAUGCCGCAGAACGAGUACAUUGAGCAAGCACAAAAGCGCUACGGGCGCCGUCUUGAUCAUGUGGAACGUACACGCAAACGUGAGGCCCGUAAAGCACAUGUAGAGGCAACGCACUUGAAGCGGGUUCGUGGGAUCAAGGCAAAGAUUGCCCAAAAGGCUCGUUACGCGGAAAAAGCGGCCAUCCGCAAGAAGAUUCGUGAACACGAAGAAAAGCAAACCACAGAGCGCGUCAAGGAAAAGGGCCCGAAGAAUGCCCUGCCGAGCUUCCUGAUGGACCGUAGUGAAGCGGACCGCGCCAAGAUAUUGUCUAACUCACUCAAACAAAAACGGAAGGAAAAGGCCGGGAAGUGGGCAGUCCCUAUUGAGAAGGUGAAGCCGGUUUCAGAGGAUGAAAUGCUCAAGGCGGUCACCUCUGGCAAGCGCGGCAAGAAAUCAUGGAAACGGCUUGUUAAUAAGGUAACCUUUGUGGGUGAAACGUUCACGCGUCGUAUGCCUAAGACCGAGCGCUUCAUUCGGCCCAUGGCACUGCGUUUCAAGAAAGCGCACGUGACGCACCCAGAGCUUAAAGCGACCUUUUACCUGCCCAUUAUUGCAGUUAAAAAGAAUCCACAAGGUAAGAUGUAUACGGGGCUGGGGGUCAUUACGAAAGGAUCCGUGAUAGAGGUUAAUGUGUCGGAGCUUGGUCUGGUAACGCCAUCCGGAAAGGUAGUAUGGGGGAAGUACGCGCAGGUGACGAACAACCCUGAGAAUGACGGUUGCAUUAAUGCGGUUCUGCUUGUGUAAAAGGGGUAAGCAAACUGGCUGCAUGGUCAUGUUUUUUUCUCGCUGCUACGACAUCUAGAGGAUGGCCCAUAAAUCCUUUGCUUUUAUUGCCUAAACGUUAGCAAUAUGAAGUCAUCAACGGCAUCGUGAAAAGGAAUAAAUGAAGAUGAUUUACUUGGACGCGAAGGGAGCAGGGGAUAUCUACAGCCUACCUCUCAUUGCGGUUAAAAAUGCUAAAUUUCGUGCUAAUGUCCUGCUUCUCUACAUGCAUUUUUCUACACGAUGGCGUGAAAAUAACUAUUUCUAAACAUUUGAUAUUGGCGAUUAAAUUGGUCGUUUGACGUUUAUCAUGA